AAGCUGAAAACUAAAAACAUAACCUCUUAACUGUAGAUUGCGAUCUACCAUUAACCCAUCAAAUCUUACGGUCGAGAUUUUUUCUCCAUUUUUCAUGCAAAAUGUAAUUUUAAAUUUGAUUUUCUCUUGCCAGCAACGACAACUCUCCAUUCUCCAGCUUAAGCAUACUCAACUUAAAAUUUUUGAACCCAGCGUUGUUGUUAUAUGUGUAGCUUAGUGCACUGAAGGUGUUCGAUGGAAUGCCUGAACCAGUUGUGCUAUUAGAAGGAGCUUAAUUUGGCAGACAAUGAAGGAGUUUGAAGGUGCUUGAUGAGUUCUAAUGAAAUGUCUUCUACAAGUUUCUCACCUUCAAAGGAGAAGAAGUGCAAAUGUGGUGUUCCCUUUGCAAAGCUUACCAGUUGGACAAGGGAGAACCCUGGUCGUAAGUUCAGAACAUGCAAGUUCUACGAUCCUGUAACUGAGAGCAGAGGUUGUAAAGCAUUUGAAUGGGUGGAUGAACAAGAUGGGACAGCCUGGCAAACAGAGGUGAUCAACAAUUUGUUGCUAGAUAAGAAACUGUUGAAGGGGGAAAUUAGUGAUUACAAGAGGGAAGUUGAUGAUCUUGGUGGACAGUUGAGGUGCUUGCUGAAUGAAGUGGACAGGCUGAAAAUGAAAUGCAAGGCUUUAAACUCUGACAGGAACAAGAUGAACAGAGAGAUGCAUGGAAGGAAUGCUAGAUCAGAUCACUCUGUUCUUAGUCUUGCUGUUGGGAUUAGUUUGGUCAUAUUAGUGAUCCUUCUUAUUAGGGGGUUUGUAAUGCAUUAAGUAUAACUUGUAAUGCUAGUAAUUGCAUGAAACAGUAAUAUGGUAAUGUAAUGAUUUAUAAGUGGCAGUGAACCACUAUUGCAAGCAAACUAAUGUACACAAUUAUGAAA